AUGCCGAGACAGAGGUCCAUCUCAAGCAAGCAGCACAUCCUUGUCAGGCCUCCACUCUCAGUGUUUGAGCCCAUGCACCAUUUCGUGUUUUCCGCCCUGCCAAGCCCCGGACCGGUGUUGUGCGUGGCCGCUUGUGAGCUCGUGGGCGGCCACCGCGACCAAGCCAUUGCUGCGGCAGCUGCCUUGCACCUCAUGCAUGCCGCAGCUGUUACUCAUGAGCAACUUCUAUCAACCGAUGGGCCCAAUAUCAAGCCCAAGCCCAGGCCCAUGGUUCACAGUGCAGGGAUAGAGCUUCUCACUGGAGAUGGAAUAUUUGCAUUUGGGGCAUGGUGGAUGGGCAAUACCAUGAGAUACUGCUGCUGUGCAAACAAUCAAGGAGGCGCAAGUGAGGAGGAAAUAGAGAGAUUGAGAAGAUAUGGUCUGUGUGUGGGAGUGAUGAGAGCGUUUUCAAAUAGAGUUGAAGAAGGAAAUGAGAUGGAAACAAUGGAAGUGGUGAAGGAGCUCAGAAGUUUGGCACUCAAGGAACUAGAAUUUUUCCAUGAAGGAAAGGCUGAGGCAAUUUCUAGCUUCCUUCAUCUCUUGAGCCUUUGA